UCCUAUGAAGUUUGAAGUGAAGUAUGGUUUAUCAUUGGUUUACAUAAAAAAAUAUUUUGUGACUCAUUUAAUAGGAUAGGCUUUUAAUGUAAAAAUGUCGAAAAACAUUGUGUUUGAGGGUUGGUUGACUAAAUCACCCCCCACAAAACGAAUCUGGAGAACGAAAUGGCGAAGAAGGUGGUUUGCCUUGCGUCAAUCGGGCGAACUCCCGGGUCAGUAUUUCCUCGACUACUAUGCCGAUCGGAACUGUAGACGGCUAAAGGGGACGAUCAAUUUAGACCUGUGUGAACAGGUGGAUGCUGGGUUGCAUAUGGAACGCAGUAACAACGUGACUCUAGAUCCGAAACUUCGAGGCUCCGUGUUUACAAUUCAGACGCAGUCUCGCACAUAUCACUUAGAGGCGGACUGUGAAGCAGACAUGGUCAAGUGGGUUGAUGCUAUCUGCAGCGUUUGCGGCCUGCAGCCCAAAGACAAUGCAUCAAAUGAUUCUGAGUCGCCGCAAGCGAGCGUGCAAAGUGUACGCCGCACGUGGGCGGCACAACCAGACGAGUGGCAAAUCGAGCGUCAUUCAAGACAUUCACAGCCCUAUAGAGAGGCUUUUGAAAUGACCACAAGAAAUGCUGACACCAUUGGUCCUUAUAUACCAAUUUCUGAGUGCAUUACUGGAGUUCGCACACAGGAUAACAAGAGGACGUUCACUUUUGAUACUAAGGACAUUCUUAUAAGGACAAGAAGGAGCCACGAAAACGUUCCAAGUAAGACUAAUCAGAUGUACUUGAGUCAGCCACAUAUCAGGUCCAACACUGCAGAGUUUUCAGAAAAUGACUCCAAUCUCAGCGAUGAAGACUGCAAAUCUUUAAAUGCUAGUCAAUCUAAUAUAAUCAAUUUUGUGCCUGCAAGAACAUUCACCAAAUCUGCGCCUCGACCCAUCAAGUACGGCGGAUAUCAUCACGGUCCUCCCGUGCCUCCAAGGCCGCCUAAGACUUUUGCAAUGAGCCGUGGAUUAUUCCAAAGGGAUUACCGGGCGCCUGAACGGAACAACCCUCCGGAGAUUGGGAAUCAACAUCUGGUCGAGGUGAUAUGCCAUCAACCACGACGCCGCAUGACUGAGGGUACUAAUUCGAACGCACAAGUACAAGUGCCAGCGCAUAUCCCAGCGCAAGUACAUAUGCCAGCGCAAGUGCAUAUCCCAGCGCAAGCGCAUAUGCCAGCGCAAGUGCAUAUGCCAGCGCAAGUGCAUAUGCCAGCGCAAGUGCAUAUGCCAGCGCAAGUGCAGGUGCCAGCGCAAGUACAGAUGUCGGCGCCAGUACCAGCGCCUGUGCAAUCGCCAGUGCCUAUGGCGGCGCCAGUACCAGCCCCAGCGCCAGCGCCACAGUCAUUGGCAGUGCCAGUGCAUAUGCCUGUGAGACCAGUUUCACCGCCGUCGCCCGUCGCAGUUCCCCUGAAAGUGCCCACCAUAAAGAUAACUGACGAUGAUGAGGAACGUUUGAACCAAUCUAUGCAGUACUCCAACAUUGUGGUGGCCUGCCCUCCUGCUGUGGACCGCGCGCUGAAGCCUCGCCACUCCAGCCAUAGCAUCGGUAACAUGAACAAUCUGGGAAUGCAGUCAAUGAGUGCGGCGAUUGAACGCGAAGAGCUCGAGAGAGAGGAAAGGAGGUCCGACAUUGCUCAAGGUGGCGUCUCUUACGCCAAUGCAAAUUACUUCGAGCCACCAUCACCAACUCAGUCGUCGAGCGCAGUCCUCGAAUGCAAGGUGCAUGGGAAAAGGAAGCUAGAGGAAGAGCGACGCGAACACGUUUACAUGAACCUAGUUAGCUUCAUACGCCGCUCUCCACCACAGCUGCACAAAGCUUUGCAAUUCAAUUCAGACAGACGUUCGGAUGUGCUACAAUAUUUGGAUUUGGAUCUUCAUACUGCAGUGCCACCAUCAUACGGCGAUAAGCGCAGGACCAUUGAGGCUAUGCACGGUAAAUCUUGGUCCUCCGUCGAAGCGUCCUCCGCAUACAAAACUGUUGACUUCUUGAAGACUGAAGCCUUCAAUAUAACUCGACAGGAUGCGGAAGCCUCUAGGAACAGCCAGUAUUAAACACUCUAACUGCCGACACUUCUGUGAGUUCAUUAUAACAUAACGGCAGUUAAUGUGUUGAAAUAUUUUCUCAAAUAUGAUAAUUGAAGGAAGCUCUCUGUAUUAUUUAUGGUAACCAUAACAAUUUAUGGUGAAAUUCUUAUAUUAUAAGAAAUCUUAGUAUGUUUUAAGAUUAGUAAAGUAUUUAUUAUAACUAUUGGCUAUAUAUUUAUGAAAUUGCCUAAUUUAAAUAAUCAGUACUUGUCCAGCUUAAUUAAUCCAGUAAAAUAUUUUAUAAAUAAUAAAGUUCAUAUUAGAAAUUUUUGAUGACAUUUUGCUAAUAUUUAUUAAACAGUAUUACUCGGCAAUUUCAUAAUUAAUUAAGCAUCAAUAGGUAUAAUAUUAAUUAUUUAUAGUGCACAAUAACAUCAGACUCUAGUACGAUGACGUCAGAAAGUGUUAUAAUUAAUACAAUAUGAAAUAACUCGCUCGCUGUUGCAUACGUGGGAGUGAGACAUCAAGCGUAUAAAACUAUGUAUCUCUCUCUUUUACUCUUGUUAUUGUGCACACAUUUCGUAUUAAGUAUAAAUUAUAGGAAAUUCAUGAUUUCUUAUUUGAUAUGACAUGCAACAGUUUUUAAUUCAACAUAAUUAAGUAAUAACAUUUUUAGACCAAGUAUUAAACUGAAACUAACCUCUCUUAAUUACCAGUAUUAUUUAAAAAUAAACAGAAAACGGCUAUAAAAUUAACAGAAAACGGCUAUAAAAUUAACAGAAAACGGC